AUGGAGGACGAAUCCGUUUACCCUUCGUUCCGACAGUCAUUACUCGUGACAAUCAGUCUUUGCCUCACACUUUUGUGCGUCUCUUUGGACGAAACGGUUCUCGCGACGGCCAUCCCGCGUAUCACAGAUCAGUUUCAUUCCCUGAACGAUGUCGGGUGGUACGGAAGUUCGUAUCUGUUCGUGUUUACAGCAACCCAGAUGGCCUGGGGGAAGAUGUACACGAUGUACCCAGCCAAGUGGGUGUUCCUGAUCGGGGUGGCGAUAUUCGAGAUCGGAUCUCUGGUCUGCGGAGUGUCUCCCAGCUCGGGUGCCCUGAUUGCGGGCCGCAGCAUCUCAGGACUGGGCGCUGGCAGCAUCAACGCCGGCGCUGUCGUGAUCGUGACCAACACCAUUCCUGUGCGAAAGCGGCCGAUCUACCUGGGCUGUCUGGGGUGUGUCCAUGGGCUAGUCAGCGUGUCGGGGCCAUUGAUUGGGGGUUUGCUGACGGACCAUGCCUCGUGGCGAUGGUGUUUCUAUCUCAAUCUGCCCAUCGGAGCAAUCACCAUCCUGGGCAUCAUUUUCUUUCUGUCGGCUAACCAACCCCCGUCGGGACAUCUCAGCUGGAGGGAAAAACUUCAGUCCAUGGAUCUUCUGGGCUCGGCGUUCUUUAUUCCUGGGAUCGUCACGCUUCUGCUAGCCCUGGAAUGGGGAGGGUCACAGUAUGCCUGGGACAAUUGGAGGAUCAUCCUUCUCUUCAUCCUGUCCGCCAUCUUGCUGAUCGUCUUUGCCGGCGUUCAGAUUCGCGCCCCUCAGGGUAAAGCGACACUCCCCCCUCGCCUGGUUUCAAAUCGGAAUAUCCUGGGUCUUAUCGGCUAUAUUGUUGGUAACAGUGGGGGGUUGUUUGUCUUUGUGUACUAUCUGCCAAUUUGGCUCCAAGCCAUCAAGGGGUUCUCGGCCUCCAAGUCAGGUCUUUCAAUCUUACCCACCCAGUUAGGGGUGGUGAUUGCAUCUCUAGCUGGCGGGGUCUUAGUCACUUUCGUCGGAUACUACACGCCCUUUCUGAUUAUAUCCUCCCUAAUGGCCGUCGCUGGCGCCGGCAUCCUGAGCUCCCUGCAUCCGUCCUCCAGCCUCGCAAGCAUCCUGGGGUACCAAGUGGUGCUGAGUCUGGGCAUCGGGCUUGGAUCGCAGAACGCCAUGGUCGUGCCGUCCGUGGUUUGCGCCCCGGACGAUGUAGUCACGGCCAUUGCGAUGCUCUGCUUCCUGCAGAUGCUGUCCAGCUCGGUCGCUCUGUCCAUUGGACAGACAGUUUUCCACAACCGGCUGGUGGCCAAUUUGCAUCGCAGCGCCCCGUCCGUGGACCCCUCCCUCGUUGAAGAAGGGGCGACGCUGCUCCGCGAUCGCGUUCCAUCGGAGCUUUUGCCGUCUGUUCUUGGGGCGUAUAGCAAGGCUGUCUCGCAGACCUUUUACGUCGGGGUGGCCAUGUGUGCGCUGUCGCUUCUUGGGUCGGCCUCCAUGCAGUGGAAGCGAGUCCCUGGCAAGAAAGAUGCGGCAGAGGAGGAGAAGGAGGAAGAGUCGCGCGACAGUGAUACCCCUGCACCACCUGCGACAGAAGAGAAGACGUGUAAGCAAUAG